AUGGUGGAAAGCCGACAACCCGAGGUCCUGGCCAUCAUCGGUACUUUCACAGUCGUCGCCUCUCUCACAGUCUUCCUCAGGGUAUGGUCGCGGUACCUCGGACGCAACUUUUGCUGGGACGACCACCUUAUCUUGAUAGCCUUUGUCCUCCUCAUACUAGAUACUCUAGCAACAUGGAUGUACAUUGUACUGAGCGGCACAGGCUAUCAUGUCUAUGAUCUGCCUAAGAAGUCCGUGGCGGAACAGCUCGUUGCGAUACGAUGGAACUUCGCAGUACAGAUGAUGUACCACCCACUCAUGGGAUUGAUUCGAGCUUCCAUCAUCAUGUUCCUCUUCCGCAUGAAGGAUAGUCGGCGGCGCGUACGAUACCCGUUACACCUUACUUUCUGGCUGAACAUCAUAUACUCCGUCGGGUCGACUAUAGUCAAUGUCGUGCAGUGCACGCCUCGUGCCUACGCUUGGUCCAGACCUGCCAUGGAUAGCAUCGAUGCCGAUGGAAAUGUUGUACCAGGCGGUACUUGUAUCGACGCGCGUACCUUUGUACUUGUGUCGUGUGGUUUGUCCAUCUUCAUGGAUCUUAUCAUCAUCCCAAUUCCUUCUAUCAUGGUAUGGGGCCUCCAAAUGCACCGACGUACGAAGCUCCUAGUCGUUAUCGUCAUGAGCCUGGGUUGGAUCGCGACAGGUGUCUCGAUCGGCAGAUUCAUCGUGUACUACUACCGAUUUGCUCCUACCAACAAGGAUCGUACCUGGGAUAUUGGCAUCGGAAUCAGCAUCGCUGAACCAGCUGUCCACAUCAUGACAGCAUGCGCGCCAGCGACCAAGUGCCUCUUCCGAACGCUGUUCCCGCAAUAUGGCACCGGCCGGAACACCUCUUACUACGAAGACCGUACCGCGGGCACAAUGCGGCCCAGUACCAAGGUUUUCGGGAACUUCAACUUUGGGCUAUCCAACAACCCAGAUGACGAGAUCACUAUCCAGGAACUUGGAGGCGCCCCUAGGACCGCCCCGCUUCCACCCGUGAAGGAUGAAUGCGAAUAUGGCUUGAAGGCAAUGGGAAGCUUCGAAUCCAAGGAGUUUGUCGCGAGAGGAUUAGGGAGGAAGAAAAGCUGCUCGAAAACCGCAUGCACAGAAUCUAGUGAGCCCGGCUACAAGUCAUACGCUGUUCGUACCGUCAUUUCUGGCUGGGACGAGAGCUUCAAUUCAAUCACGGGAUUAAACGGAUCCGGAAAGUCGAACAUUCUCGAUUCAAUAUGUUUCGUACUCGGAAUCAACAACUUGAGCGUGGUGCGGGCGCAGAACUUGCAGGAUCUCAUCUACAAGCGCGGCCAAGCGGGUGUCACCAAAGCGAGCGUUACCAUCGUGUUCGAUAACCGCGACAAAUCGAAGAGCCCCGUCGGCUUUGAGGAACAUGCACAGAUUUCGGUGACAAGGCAGAUCGUGCUCGGCGGAGCGAGCAAGUACCUCAUCAAUGGACACCGCGCGCAACAACAAAGCAUACAGAACCUGUUCCAGUCUGUACAGCUGAACAUCAACAACCCGAAUUUCAUGAUUGCACAAGGAAAGGUCAUGCAGGUACUGAACAUGAAGGCAAAGGAGAUCUUGGCUAUGCUUGAAGAGGCUGCUGGGACACGCAUGUUCGAGGACAGGCGAGACAAGGCGUACAAGACAAUGGCUAAGAAGGAAAUGAAGGUGCAGGAGAUUACGGAGUUACUGCGAGACGAAAUCGACCCGAAGCUCGAGAAGCUGCGAAUGGAGAAGCGUGCAUUCCUGGACUUCCAACAGACGCAGAGCGAGCUCGAGCGCCUUACGAAGCUUGUCGUCGCAUACGACUACAUACGAUACAACGAGCGCUUACAACAAUCGGCCGAGGACCUUGAAGCCAAGAAGCAAAGGGCGAAAGACCUCGACGCGUCUGCUGUGCGCAUGAAGAAGGAGAUUGAGAACCUCCAAGAGGACAUCAAACAGACAAAGGCAACACGAGAGAAGGAGCUGCGCAAGGGCGGAAAGUUUCAGGCUCUGGAAGAGGAAGUCAAGACGCAUUCGCACGAGAUCGUCCGCCUGACGACAGUGCUAGACCUAAAAACGACGAGCAUGGCCGAAGAAGUGGAGCGGAAGGAGGGCGUCGAGAAGAGUGUGAAAGAAUUGGAGAAGCUGCUGCAAGAGAAGAAGCAGACGUACGAGAAGUUGCAAGAGAAGUAUCAGACAGCCCACGCCGAGCUAGCGAAGCAGACGGAGGAGGUGGAGAAGAAGGAAGAGCUUCUUCAAACCCUACAGACAGGUGUGGCUUCUAAAGAAGGCCAGGAAGGCGGUUACCAGGGCCAAUUGCAAGACGCCCGGAAUCGCGCAAGCGCAGCCGCGACCGAGCAAGAGCAGAGCAAACUUCGGAUAUCACAUCUUGAGAAGCAGAUCAAGGAAGACGAGCCGAAGGCGAAAAAGGCGAAAGAACAGAACUCCGGGCUCCUCAAAGACCUCGAGGCUUUGAAAUCUCAAGCCCAGAAGCUAGAAGCGGACCUUGCGAAGCUUGGCUACAGCGAAGGUCAGGAAGCCGAUAUGUAUCAGCAAGAGUCGCAUCUUCAGGCACGCAUACGUGAACUUCGCCAACAAGCAGACGGCAUGAGGCGACAGGUUGCGAACAUUGACUUUAGCUACAACGACCCCUCCCCGAACUUCGAUCGGUCUAAAGUGAAAGGUCUGGUCGCUCAGCUCUUCACUCUAGAAAAGGAACAUACCCGAGCAGGUACCGCUCUGGAGAUCUGCGCUGGCGGUCGGCUGUAUAAUGUUGUCGUCGACUCAGCUGCCACUGGCAAGCAACUACUCGAGAACGGCAAACUGAAGAAGCGAGUGACGAUCAUUCCACUCAACAAGAUUGCAACUUUCAAGGCGUCGGCAGAGAAAAUUGGAGCUGCCCAGAGGAUCGCGCCUGGCAAAGUCGACUUGGCCUUGUCGUUGAUCGGAUACGAGCACGAGGUCAACGCCGCCAUGGAGUACGUCUUUGGGUCCACACUCGUCUGUGAGGAUGCCGAGACCGCUAAGCGCGUGACCUUCGAUCCAGCAGUGCGCAUGAAGAGUGUCACUCUACAAGGUGACACAUACGACCCAGCUGGUGUUCUGUCUGGUGGUAGCGCACCUCAGUCUAGUGGAGUUCUCAUCACCCUCCAAAAGCUCAAUGAGAUUACGACAGAGCUGAGUUCACAAGAAGCCCAGCUUCAGUCGCUGCAGGCCACCAUGGCCAAAGAGAAGAAGAAGUUGGACGCUGCUCGUAAAUCAAAGCAGGAGCUCGACCUCAAGAGGCACGAGAUCAAGCUCACUGAGGAGCAGAUUGGCAGCAACUCUUCCUCAUCGAUCAUCCAAGCCGUAGAAGAGAUGAAGCAGACCAUUGCUCAGCUCAAGGAAGACAUAAAAGCGGCGAAGACUCGCCAAGACGAGGCCAACAAGGACGUCAAACGUAUCGAACGCGACAUGAGCGAGUUCAGCAACAACAAGGACAGCAAGCUUGCUGAACUACAGUCAUCGCUGGACAAGCUCAAGAAAGCUUUGAACAAGAAUAGCGCUUCAAUCAAGCCCCUGCAGACCGAGAUGCGCGAAGCUAUGGUCGAGUCCGAGCAAUGCGGGAGCGAUCUGGCAGCAGCACAAGAGCAACUUGAAGAGGUUCAGACCAAUCUGCAGUCGCAGCAAGCAGAAGUGGACGAGUUGCUAGCUGAGCAGUCUCGUGUACAGGACGCACACGACUUAGCUGCAGCCCACUUGAGAGACGAACAAGCGAAACUCACAGGGUUCGACGAAGAGCUUCGCUCACUUGAAGACGCGAUCAGGUCGAAGAACUCAUCCAUCACUGAAGGCGGUCUUGAACAACAGAAGCUCGGCCAUGAGAUCGAAAGGUUCCAUAAAGAACAAGAAGGUGCAGCUAGCCAUGUUAAGGCGCUCGAGAAGGAGUAUGAGUUCAUCGCGAGCGACUCCGAGCUCUUUGGACGUGCCGGCACAGUCUACGACUUCAAGGGCGUGAACAUGGCCGAUGCGAAGACCAGGCGGAAGUCGUUGGAAGAGCACUUCCAGCAGAAGAAGAACAAGAUCAACCCCAAGGUCAUGGCUAUGAUCGACAAUGUUGAGAAGAAAGAAGCCAGCCUCAAGCGGAACAUGUCGACAGUCAUCCGAGACAAAUCGAAGAUUGAAGAGACUAUCGUGAAGCUCGAUGAGUAUAAGAAAGAGGCGCUGCACAAGACCUGGACAAUUGUCAAUCGCGAUUUCGGUCAAAUCUUCAACGAGCUGCUGCCAGGCAGUUUCGCGAAACUGGAUCCUCCUGAGGGCAAGACAAUUUCGGAUGGUCUGGAAGUCAAAGUCAUGCUGGGCAAGGUGUGGAAGCAGUCACUGACAGAGCUGAGUGGUGGUCAACGAUCACUUAUCGCCUUAUCCCUCAUCAUGGCCCUUCUCCAGUUCAAACCUGCACCCAUGUACAUUCUAGAUGAAGUCGACGCCGCGCUGGACCUGUCGCACACACAAAACAUCGGCCGUUUGUUCAAGACCCGCUUUAAGGGAUCGCAAUUCAUCGUUGUCAGUUUGAAAGACGGCAUGUUUCAAAACGCAAAUCGCAUCUUCCGCACACGGUUUGUCGACGGUACUAGUGUGGUGCAAGCCUCGUCGGGAUCAUCUGGAUAG